AGAAGCUUUUAGAAGCGGCACGAGCAGGUCAAGAUGAUGAAGUUCGUAUUUUGAUGGCAAAUGGAGCUCCUUUUACUACAGACUGGGACUGAUAAAAGAUGGCAGCUCACAGAUUGAAGUGGCUCAUCAAAUCUCCAGCAGGAUCAAUAAAAAAAUCCACAUGUAGACACAUCAUAGUGAUACCACAGUACAUCAGAUCUUAAGAAGGAUUGGUGUCCAUAAAAUAUGGGAUUACCAGGGCAGUAGUAAAAAGACAAGACAAAGAAGUAUGGGCAGAUGAUUUGCUAUGCUACUAUACUAAAGAGAAAGUUUGAAUGACCGUUAAACAUGAAGAGAUGCUCAGCUACAUUACUAAUUGGCUGGGAACUUCUCCACUACACCUGGCAGCACAGUACGGGCAUUAUUCCACCACAGAAGUACUACUUCGAGCUGGUGUAAGUAGGGAUGCCAGAACCAAAGUGGACCGAACGCCCUUACAUAUGGCAGCUUCUGAGGGCCAUGCCAGCAUAGUAGAGGUUUUGCUUCAGCAUGGUGCUGAUGUCAAUGCAAAGGACAUGUUAAAGAUGACAGCUCUACAUUGGGCCACAGAACACAACCAUCAAGAUGUGGUGGAGCUUUUAAUCAAAUAUGGUGCUGAUGUACACACGCAGAGUAAAUUUUGUAAAACUGCAUUUGAUAUUUCAGUAGACAAUGGGAAUGAAGAUUUAGCAGAGAUAUUACAGAUUGCUAUGCAGAAUCAAAUCAACACAAACCCAGAGAGUCCGGACACUGUGACGAUACAUGCUGCAACACCACAGUUUAUCAUUGGACCUGGAGGGGUGGUGAACCUAACAGGUCUGGUAUCUUCAGAAAAUUCAUCCAAGGCAAAAGAUGAAACAGGUGUGUCUGCUGUUCAGUUUGGAAACUCCUCUACAUCAGUAUUAGCUACAUUAGCUGCCUUAGCUGAAGCUUCUGCUCCCUUGUCCAAUUCUUCAGAAACUCCAGUAGUGGCUACGGAAGAAGUAGUUACUGCAGAAUCAGUGGAUGGUGCAAUUCAGCAAGUAGUUAGUUCAGGGGGUCAGCAAGUCAUCACAAUAGUAACAGAUGGAAUCCAGCUUGGAAAUUUGCACUCCAUUCCAACCAGUGGAAUAGGCCAGCCCAUCAUUGUGACUAUGCCAGAUGGACAGCAAGUAUUAACAGUACCAGCAACAGACAUUGCUGAAGAAACUGUUAUAAGUGAAGAACCACCAGCUAAGAGACAAUGCAUCGAAAUAAUUGAAAACCGGGUGGAAUCUGCAGAAAUAGAAGAGAGAGAAGCUCUACAGAAACAGCUGGAUGAAGCAAACCGAGAAGCCCAAAAAUACCGACAGCAGCUUCUAAAGAAAGAACAGGAAGCAGAAGCCUACAGACAGAAAUUAGAAGCUAUGACUCGUCUUCAGACUAAUAAAGAAGCUGUUUAGUUGAAAUGAACAUGUAGUUUGAGUUACUUUUGGUCAAGAAAGAAUACAAUCUUGAACUGUACACAGGAAGGUGCAGUCAUGGGAAGACAGGAUGCUAGAAGAGACUACAGAUUGAUAAUUGGACUAAAGCCAUGUGGUCUGAAUCCUUGUAACAUAAAACUUUUGAAGUUGUCAAAUGUAUUUAAAACUGAACUCUGUAAAUAGUUUUUGUUUUUUUUACAGUUCUAAAUGAGUUGAUAAAGAUUGUUGAAGAGAUCCAAAAACACAAUAAGCCACUGUUUUUGUGAAUUCUUUUUGAUUUUAGUACGAACGAACCUUAAUUUCUCAGAAACAGAACAGUUUUAAGGGUGAUCGUUGAUUAGACCAAAUGUGUCAUAAUUAUGUGGUGGACUGAUACUGGAAUUGCUCCUGUACGUUAAAGCUUCUGUGUGAAGAGAAGAUUUCUCCCAGGAAAUGUUUGUACAGCUUUAAGUUGUCUCAGAUUCUCUGAAAACAUUUUUUAGAAAACAAAUUUUUAUAUUUGUUCAACUUCAGCUAUACCCAAGUAGAUUUACAUGUAUAUGAAGCAAAUAUUUUUUAAACUUUGUGUUUGUACAUAUCCUGCAUGUUUUAUAAUUUCAAAAUGUAUCACUUGCAUAGGUAUUUUCCCCACAAAGAUAAUGAAAAUUAUUUGGGGAAAAAACCCUCCUUUUAUUCUGUAGGUCAUCUUAACUAAGUAAACUAGCAGCUGGUUUUAUUGGAAUGAUAGUGUUCUUGGAAGGAGCAGCUUACAAGAUAACUUGAAUUUGAAAACUACAAAAUCUAUGCUUUUUUGAAAAUUUCAUAGUGGGGACGUGAAACUGUAUUCUGUGCCUUCCAUCAUGAUUUCCACAUGAAAGCACUUUAAGGCAGUAUGUUUUAAGAUAAUGUUUUUGGAAAACUCAAAGCAUAUGGGUUUUUGAAAUAUUUCAUGGACUCAUUCCCCUCCCUCCCCCAGGAAAUUAUUCUUAUGGAAAAAAAAUGCUUUUGUAUGUAGAACAAGAACUUUUUGUACUACAGUGAUGCUAUAGAGAUGUCUACCAUAACUUUUACUUUUCCCUGUGAAAGCUGUAUGUCCGUGCUGCGACUGCUCUCAUCACAAUAUUGUCGAAUUCCACAGUGUAUGAACAUUACACUCUGACAUACUGUUUAUUCUUUUUUUGUAAUAUGUAACUUCAUACAUUUUUUCUUGCUUUAUUUCUUACAUUAAUGUUUUAAUUGCUUUAUGAAAAUGUUUAAUCCUAAGGCUCUACUAGAUAAUCUAUACUGUAAAGAGAAGCAAUUACCCUUAAGAAACAAUUACUCUGGCCUACUUUUCUAUUUUACAAUUAAAUAUCUUUUCCACAUA